AUGACAAAAUCAACAAAAGGAAAUCUUCAUGUGGUGGAAGAGAUUUACAAUCAAAUACCAGCAUUUACUGAUGUUUUCUCCGAAGACACUUUCUAUAUAUUUGUUGCAAUAUUUGUUUCUUGCACUAUCAUGGUUGCUUUUGUUUUAUCUAAAUUUGUUACUAUAAAGCCUGUAGAGUAAUGUAGUGUUAUCAAAAUUAAUAAACAAGAAUUUUAAAUGUAAA